ACAGAUACGAACAUUCAUAGGAACCCUAUCUUGUUUUUUCUUGGCUGCUGGAGGUAAAGAGGGCUAUGAGUAUGACACAUCUGCUACUGACUAUGGGUUUGGCCCUAGUCUGUACCAUCCAGGUCGAGGCCACUGGUCCAGUAAAAGACAUCAAUCUCAAGAAGUUUGUUGGAAGGUGGUAUCCUUUAUUAUUGGCCUCCAAUGACUUGGAAAGCAACUCUGCAGCUUUUAUCCACAGUAUUGAUGUGAAAGUAAACAGCCUGAUAUUUUACUUCACCCUCAGGACAAAUGGUGAAUGUAAGCAAGUGGCAGUAUUUGCUAACAAACUGGAAAACAAUAAAUACAAACUCCGAUAUCCAGGCAACAAUAUACUGUAUGUGGAAGAUGCUGACCCAAAUGAUUAUCUCCUGAUUUACACAACUAAUAAGAUUCAUGGAAGGGAAACCAAAGGAGUGGAACUCUACAGUCGACAGAAAGGAGAAACUGUGAAUCAAGAAAUUAAAAAAAAAUUUGAAGAGAUGUAUAAGUCAUAUGGAAUUAAAAAAGAAAAUGUCCUUGACUUGACUAAAACUGAUCCAUGUGAGCGCUCCUUAGAAUAGAAAAGUUGGCGCAAACAUGCAGGUCAGACAUCUGAAGACUUUUCAACAUUCUUCAUAAAGCAUCAUUUUAGAGCUCCUCACAAAUAAGUAAUCAUCUUCUUCUUAAAGCGUUCCUUUUAAUCAACAUUCCCUUUAAGGGGAUUACCAGAACUAAAAAUGUUACCCAAAUGUAGUAUAAGCAGAGAAGAACCAAAUAAAAUGACUAACACCAAUGAUCUAUGUAACUUAACUCCAUUAGUAAAACCAAAAUUGUGUAUGUAUGGAUUUACGUAUUUAUGUAUAUAUAUACACUUACACGCACACACACACCACACAAACACACACACACAUAUGCAUGCAAGUUACAUUACACUAUUGGCUUAUAUUAUUUGUGAUCAACCAAGGUCUAGAAUGGAAUUUGAAAUUACAUGUAUCAUAUCCCCUUCCCCAUAUAUGUUUCCACUAUGUUCGAUCUCCCUUGAACUCAUGUAAUUCCUUAAAUCUUAAUGUAAAGAAUAAAAAAUAUAUAAUGCAAGAUUUCAAA